AGCGAAGUUCCGGCCGCGGCGCCCUCCUCCCCUCCCACGGCGGGAAAGUUUUCUUCGGACGCCCCGCGCCCUCCGGGCCCAGCUUCCGAGCCUUCGGAGCGGGCGCCGGCCCGGCCCCGGGGAGGCCCGUGCCGCGAUGCCUGGGGGUUGCUCCCGGAGCCCCGCCGCCGGGGACGGGCGGCUGCGGCUGGCGCGGCUGGCGCUGGUCCUCCUGGGCUGGGUCUCCACGUCCUCGCUGACCUCUUCGGCGCUCUCAGCCCCCUCCGCGUCCGUCCCUGGCCCCGCCGUGUCGCCCCAGCCCCCGCUGCCGGGCCGAUGCCCCGCGCCGUGCGAGUGCUCCGAGGCGGCGCGCACCGUCAAGUGCGUUAACCGCAACCUGAGCGAGGUGCCCGCGGACCUGCCUCCGUACGUGCGCAGCCUCUUCCUCACCGGCAACCAGUUGGCGGUGCUCCCGGCCGGUGCGUUUGCUCGCCAGCCUCCGCUGGCGGAGCUGGCCGCGCUCAACCUCAGCGGCAGCCGCCUGAAACUGGUGCACGCCGGCGCCUUCGAGCAUCUCCCCAACCUGCGCCAGCUCGACCUCAGCCACAACCCGCUGGCCGACCUCAGCCCUUUCGCUUUCGCGAGCAGCAACGCCAGCAUCUCGCCCCCCAGCCCCCUUGUGGAACUGAUCUUGAACCACAUCGUGUCCCCUGGGGACGAGGGGCAGAACCGGAGCGUCGAGACUAUGGUGGCAGCGGCCCUGCGAGCUGGCCACGCGCUGCGACAGCUCUGCCGCCUGGAGCUGGCCAGCAACAACUUCCUCUACCUGCCCCGGGACGUACUGGCCCAACUGCCCAGUCUCAGGCACCUGGAUCUACACAACAACUCGCUGGUGAGCCUAACCUACGUGUCCUUACGCAACCUGACACACCUAGAAAGCCUCCACCUGGAGGACAACGCCCUCAAGGUCCUUCAUAACAGCACCUUGGCAGAGUUGCAAGGCCUGCCCCACGUCAGGGUCUUCCUGGACAACAAUCCCUGGGUCUGUGACUGCCACCUGGCAGACAUGGUGGUCUGGCUUAAGGAGACAGAGCUAGUGCAGGGCAAAGCCAGGCUCACCUGUGCAUUCCCGGAAAAAAUGAGGAAUCGGGUUCUCAUGGAACUCAACAGCUCCGACCUGGACUGUGACCCUAUGCUCCCUCCAUCCCUGCAGACUUCUUACGUCUUCCUAGGUAUCGUUUUAGCUCUGAUAGGCGCCAUUUUCCUACUAGUUUUGUAUUUGAACCGCAAAGGGAUAAAAAAGUGGAUGCAUAACAUCAGAGAUGCCUGCAGAGAUCACAUGGAAGGGUAUCAUUACAGAUAUGAAAUCAAUGCGGACCCCAGGUUAACAAACCUCAGUUCUAACUCGGAUGUGUGAGAAACAUUCGAGGACUGUACAAAGACAACUGUGCAUGAGAUGUAGACUUAAGCUUUAUCCUGUCUCAGGCUUUCUCCACCCUAAACGCUCCACUGUAGCACCACUGACCUUGACUGCCAGUGAAGGAAAUUUGCUCUUGUUAUGUAAAGUUUCUUGGUGUGUUCUUUAAUGUAAGACAAUGAACAGCUGCGCAUAGUAUUUCACCAUUUUCCUUUUCUUGGAACUCUUCAACAUGUUUGGAGGGAUUUUUCAAGUUUCAGCAUGAUCAUGGGCUCCUGGCUGGCAGUUUCUCUUAGCAGUGUUCAAGGCGUAGCAAGCGUACCUACCCAUACAGAUAGCAUUUAACAAAAGCUGCCUCAACUUUUUGAGAAACAUACUUUAUUCAUAAAUAUCCAUUUUAUUCUCAUGUACCUAAAUUAUGGGGAAAUGAUUGCAUUCCAUAAACUGCCUGCAGAUCUUAGCAAGCUCUUCAAAGUAACUCCAUAGUACACAGUAGCACCUGCAUCCGAGAGCAUGCUUACAUUUUACUGUUCUGCAUAUUACAGAAAAUAACUUGCAACAUCAGGUAACUUCUUUGACAAAUCACUUUUUUGAAUGCAGUUUAUAUGAAACGAUACUGAAGUUUUUUUUAUAAACUGCAUCAAGAUCCAACAGAUUAAAUUGUUAAAAAUUCAAUAAAGAUUCUUAAAAGAAUUAAAA